CUAUCGUUGAAUAACUCAUCACCAAAACAUCAAAACAGAUGUUCAACUUAUAUUUUGUUAUUCGCACACAAUAAUUUACUGUAUUGUUUUUAAAUUAUUAUUUAUUAUUUAAAAAUAUGGCUCAGUCAAUAUUACUGCGCAAUUUACUGUUGCACAGGAAAACGCUGUUGAUGCCCGCAACCACACGACUUCGAUCUCUUACAUCGUUGCAUUUAGGCAACCCCGCAGCACAGCAAGCGAAAGGUAGUGGGGCAUUGCAGCAGUCGAGCGGAGGCGGCGGCGGCAGUAAUGUGUCUACUGACGUCCGACCUAUUGGCGAGAAGAUUAAGGAGAAUACUAAGACGGCCAGCUACACGGCCAUAAUUUUGGCCGGACUCGGUGUAACGGGCAUUAUGUUUUAUGCUAUUUUCCGUGAACUCUUUUCCAAGGAGAGCUCAUGCAAUAUUUAUUCCAAGGCAUUGCAACGUGUCGUUGAUGAUCCUCGUGUGCAAGAUGCUAUUGGUGCACCCAUUAAAGGCUUUGGCGAGACGUCGCGUCGUGGUCGUCGCCAGCAUGUGGCUCAUAGCAGUUUCGAGCGGAACGGAGUGCCCCAUAUGCGCAUGCAGUUCUAUGUGCAAGGACUGCGAAACAAGGCAACCGUACAGCUAGAAUCAAGAAGGGACUCGAAGGGAAAACUGGAAUUCCGCUAUUUAUUUGUGCAAUUAGAUCAUUACCCACGCACUACUAUCGUCCUGGAGGAUAACCGUGCAUAUGAUCCAACGCCGGAUCGUCCUCAGUCGGGCUUCAGCAAUUUAGCUCUCAUGUCCAAUAGCCGCGACAAGUAGGAAACCCGCCGUAACAUCCAUUGUCCGACACAAGCACUUAAAUUCAUUGUAUAUUUUAUUUUAUUUACACAAAU